GACUAACAUGGCUGUUACUCUGAAACCUGAAGGCUGAUUGGCUUUUGUCUUUGUUGUCUGACAGAUCAUUGUACUAAACUUUCCCUCCAGGGAGGUUUCUACAGUUGAAAGAAUGACCUUUCCUUUGUCGGCCUGUAUAUCUUGGAUGCUGUUGUCCUGCUGCGGAGCCUAUACAGGCUGCCAGCCCCAUCCUGCUGUGACAUUUCAAGAUUGUUUUUGAAAUUCCAAACUCAGUAAGUGGAAAAUUUAAAAGAAAGCCAAGGAGCUUAGGAGAAACAUCUGGGGGGAGGGUAUCCACACUCUACAGUGAAAUUAGAUUAAACUCCAGUUUGUCAUGUGUUUAAAUGGAAAAUCCCUUGGAAUUAGAAACUUCCCAUUAAAAUACUUAGGUGGGAAAAAAUCAGAAUUUGGAAAAGAGGCUUUAAGAAUUUUGCCAAAAACUAAACAACAAAGUCUUAAAGUUUCCAGAUUGCAAUGGAAAAUACCCUUUGGGAACAGAGAAUUCAACAGCAGGCCCUUCCCAGGACUGGAUUCAGAGAGAGGGAGAAGGGAGGAUCCAUUCCAGCAGAGGCUGCUGUGAUCAGACAAAGGGAGGAGAGAAGCCACAGUAAACAGCUCUCCCUUCACCCAAGACAUUUAUCUACAGAACAGGUGGGGACCCUUAUCUGGCAUGGCACUCCUGCUCCAGCCGCAGCUCAGAGCCUGGCUGUGGACAGCACUGGUCCUCUAUGUGUUUGCUGGAUCCUGGAGGCAGACAGAUGGGCAGCUUCACACCGAGGACCAUGCUGAUGUGAAUGUGUUUCAUAACAAUCUGGAGGAUGCCAACGUCAUGCUAGAGUUGCUCUGGGAAGGACUGGAGAUUGAGGCUAACAAGACAAUCAGGCUGCAGGAUGAGGAACUGGCCUCUCUGCGCCCAGCAAAGCGAUUUCUCCAGAUCUUCCAGCACCAGGUUCCCAAGACAUCAGAAGGGAUCAAGGAGCAGCUGAAACAUCUUUCACAGGCAGAUGCCCCUCUGAGUCUAGUAGAGUUUGAUCAGCUUCUCUUCACCAGCGUUUACUGCGCUUAUCAGAUUCGCUCAAUUCAGGGCCUGGACAAAAAUCUCUGGAUCAGUUUCUUUUCUCAGCUAGUUGAUGAAAUCCUCCAUGAUCUCUGCAAGGGAUUCUGCCCUGCAAAUUCCACUCUCCUGGCUUCCUGGCCCUGGAAGGAGAAGCCUUUUUAUUUAACCUCACUGAAAAAGUCUUAUCAUUCCAGCCUGGCCAUGAUGAAGAGAGGCACUGAGUAAGGAGGUUGAC